AUGCUGUCGGACCGCUUCUUGCCAAACAGCAUGCAGCGCAGAUACCUCCUGGCCGCCUUUGCCGGCGACAAGACCCAGAACAGCUACGCCAAGGGGCUGCUGCGCUCAGAGGCGGUAGAGCUGGCCUGCAACCAGCGAGCGACCAACACCACCUGCGGGGCCGACGCCCGCUGCGCCUUUGACGCAACCAAGUCCCCCGCCUGCCGCUCCAACCCCAUCAAGGCCAGCGCAUCCCUCCAGGCCACCUACCUCUGCCCCGGCUCCAUCGCAGCCACCUACAUCCCAUGCACCUGGGCAACCAGCGCCGCGGCGUGCGCCGCCGCCGGCAACUGCACAUGGUCGGCGGCCAACACCACCUGCAGGCACAGGGCGGUCGCCGCUAUGGACGCCGGGCAGCUGGAGGAGUAUACCGUAGAGCUGGCCGCGCUGCAGACCAGUAUUUAUGGAGAGUGCCCCGGCUUCACGGCGUUUGCAGCCUAUGCCGCCGCCUGCACGGACAUGAGCACAGAAACCACGCAGGACUUCUGCAACACCUUCAACUUCUGCAUCUGGGCGGGCAGCCAGUGCUCCCCAACCGCCCUCGCGCUGGUCACACAAGUGUUCAAUGCGCGCGAUGGCGACGCGACGACCGACGCCGCCAGCGCGUGCGCGGGAGUUCGGACAUUGGCGGGGUGCGUGGCGGCUGGGGAGGAGAUCGCGCUGAACUCGACACUCGUGGCGGCGGUGGCGUCUUGGAACGUGAGCGUCGCCGCGGGGGGCGCCUCGAUGCUCAUCGACGACACUUACAACGUGCCCACCACCACCACCGGCGGGGUGCGCAUCGUCAGGGGCGCCGCCGCGACGUCGCGCCCCGGGCGCGCGGCCGCGCUCGGCGGCGUCCUGUUCUUCUUUGCUGCUGCGCUCUUGUGA